UCUACCUAAUAUGAAUUAUUACUCUUCAUCUGAUCUUUCAUGAUCCAAUGAGAGGCUCUGAUACUCGAUGUUUACAUCUCCCUCUUAGUAAAAACCCGUGGCCAUAAGGCGUAAUUACUCACAAGGGAAUACCGACAAGUCCUCGACUUAUGCAGCCUUACCAUCCCGUGUUUUUGUGGCUUCUUUUAACUCCAACGUAGAUAUUAAGGCCUCGUCACGCCAAGGAUUGAAGUCCACGCAACAACUGGACGCCCAUUCGUAUUGUUAAUUUCCACCUAGGCGUGUUUGUCCCCUUUCAGGAAGAACAUCUGCACCUGUGAUUGGUUUUAUGAUGCUGACAGCAUUCAUAUCUGGACUAUAGAUGCGAAGCCUCGAGCCACCAUCAAUGAAAUCUUCCAAAUAAUGCUAGGACUUCGUAGGUAGGGAGGCCUGAUUUGGCGCUUCAUCGGUGUGGGUGAUCAUCCUUAAUUAGCGGCGAAGACCUAGGCUAAGGAAGCAAUGUGCCGCGUCUCCGACCAAUGUAGGUCGCGUUGCACAAUUGGAGAGCUGGGCGCUCUUGGUACCUAUUUCGAAUAUGCUAGAUGGCUGAAUUCGCAACUGAACCUGCGCUGGCAUUUUUAAACGGCGUUCUUCACCACCCUUUAACACCAGUUCGCGACACAUGGUACUCAAGAUAAACGAUCGUGUCCACGACAAGCUUUCUUGGUAAUAUGAGGCAAUCCAAGGGCCUGACCGUCAUUUGUUCAGUAGCCAGUCUGGCUGUCGGGGGGUUAGCAGCCAGCGAGUUCCAGACAUGCUAUAGGAUCGAUGGGGCAGCUUUGGAACCUAUCUUCAGAUGCGACAAUCACACUACGGGCCAUUCGAGCUGUUGUAUGCCAGGAGAGGUUUGUUGGUCCAACGGAGUUUGUCAUGGCAAGACUGGAGGUGUAGAUGACUGGUUACGGAGGGGUUGUACUGACUACUCGUGGCGCAGUACGGCCUGUUUUGAUGUCUGUCCAUGGUAUGUAGGAGUGUUCGGAAUAGGGGUUAGACCUUGUGGCGGCAUCAAUGAAAGCAAUCAGUAUUGCUGCGACGACGGAUCGACAGGCGACGGGUCAUUCGCUUGUUGCAAUAAUGACACCAAAGUAUUCCAAUACAAUAAUAUAACAACUUUACCCACGAUAAUCGCCACAAUACCCCUUAACGACAAGGCGCCAACAUCAUCUUCGACAGUCGGGUCGAUAAGUACUAAAUCAACAUCGUCUCAAGCUGCAAGCACCAGUACAAGUUCGUCGGGAAGCGGGAGCUCUGGUGGCUCAUCUAACGCCGUUGCGAUAGGUGUCGGCCUUGGGGUGGGAUUACCUGCAGCAGCUGCCAUCUUCGCAGGAGUUGGGUUUAUGAUCUGGCGUUCUAGACGAAGCCGACCAAUUUCGGAACAGAGCCCACAACAAGAUGCACCAAGCUAUAUUGAAGCUCCAUACAGUGGUACACCAAAACCGCCUAAUAUCCAAGGACAGCCCAGUGUGAACAAUCCCCAAGAGUUGCCAUCAGGUUACGAUGCUAGGGAACUUCCCGCCUGGAUAGCCGAUUAGAUAGAUGGAUGUAUGAAGAUUAAUUAGCAGUAAAGUACUCGAGCUCGUUCAAACAGAGGGAAUAGACUGUUUGAGAUUUCCA